AUGCGUUCAAUCAACCCAAGACAUCUUCGCCGAGGUCCAUUUCCCCGUUACCUCUCAUCAGCUAGUUCUUCUAUACAACCGCAUAUUACUCCUAUAACAUCUCUACUAAUUGCAAACCGCGGCGAGAUUGCAUUGAGGAUAAACAAGACGGCUGAACGCCUCGGUAUAAAAACUACAACGUUGUAUACUGACCCAGACGCCUCUGCACAGCAUGCUUCUUGCUCGCCACAUUCCAUCAGCCUCGGUGCCGCUAAUGGAUACCUUGAUGGAGAGAGAAUAGUAAGAUUAGCAAAGCAGCACGGUAUUCAGGCAUUGCAUCCAGGUUAUGGCUUCUUAUCGGAGAACUCCGCCUUCGCCAAGAGGUGUGAGCAAGAGGGCAUCGUGUUUGUUGGACCGCCUGCUCAAGCCAUGGCAGACAUGGGAGACAAAGCCCGGAGCAAGGAGAUCAUGACUAAAGCUGGCGUACCAUGUGUACCCGGAUAUCAUGGCAGUGAGCAGGGCGAAACGGAGCUGUUACAAUUUGCGAAGGAGAUCGAAUUCCCAGUCUUGCUAAAGAGCGUAAAGGGAGGUGGCGGCAAAGGCAUGCGUAUCGUCAUGGAAGAAGGGGAGUUUAUCCAACAGUUGAAAAGCGCGCGAGCAGAGGCCAAAGCUUCGUUCGGAGAAGGUGGUGAGGUUAUGCUAGUUGAGAAAUACAUCAUACGGCCAAGACACGUUGAAGUACAAGUAUUCGCAGAUAAGCAUGGUAACUGUGUUGCUCUUGGAGAACGAGACUGCAGCAUACAGCGCCGCCACCAGAAGAUAUUGGAAGAGUCACCGGCUCCAGACUUAGAUGAUAUCACAAGAUUAGAUCUAUGGGAAAAGGCCAAGACGGCGGCCUUGGCAGUAGGCUACGUGGGUGCAGGAACAGUAGAAUUUAUUUUCGACAAGGAUACGGGUGACUUUUACUUCAUGGAGAUGAACACUCGACUCCAAGUUGAACAUCCCGUUAGUGAGAUGGUCACGGGGACGGAUCUAGUAGAAUGGCAAUUCCGUAUUGCAGCUGGAGAAAGAUUACCAUUGACUCAAAAAGAAAUUAUGGACAGAAUUCACGACAGGGGAGCGGCCAUCGAAGCUAGGAUAUACGCUGAAAGUCCCGAAAAGGGCUUCCUACCUGACUCCGGAAAGCUUGUUCAUCUGAAAACUCCCAAAGUCGAUGAGGAUAUCCGAAUCGAUGCUGGUUUUGUUGAAGGCGAUACUGUUACUGAAGCCUACGACGGGAUGAUUGCGAAACUCAUCGUCAGGGGUAGGGAUCGCGAGACUGCUAUUAGGAAGAUGGAGCUCGCUCUGCGCGACUACGAAGUCGUAGGUUUGAGUACUAACAUUGAGUUCUUGAAGCGUCUAUGUAGGUCACCGGCGUUCAUAGAGGGAGAUGUCGAGACGGGCUUUAUCGAAAAGUGGAAAGAGGAACUUUUCGAUCCCAUGAUAAUCAAGCCUGAAGUUUACGUGCAAGCGGCACUUGGCGCGUUUGCUUCUCAGCCCGCGGAGGCUGUUGAGCCUCAUGGAGGAAGCCUCGGCUUUGGCUUAAACAGCACUGAACGAACGUUUACUUUCAAGUCCCUUGAUGUGUUCGAUCAAAAAGAAGGAGAGGUGGUGAAUGUUAGCAUAGCUCAAAAAGGCAACAGCUUAUUCGACGCUCGAGUCAUACGGAAGGAUGAAGAUCCUCAAGUUUUUAAAGAUCUCGUAUCUUCUCCCGCUUCAAGCUCCGACAAGACUAGUCUUGUAACCUAUUUCCCUCAUACUCGGAUAGAAACAACAGUGGUCCGAGAUCCCAAUAACGAUAAUAAGGUCACCAUAUUCCAACUUGGGACUAAGACGGAAUUAACAUUAGUAUCCCCAUCAUGGUACGAGAAAGCCUUGGGGUUGAAAGAGGUCACAGGGUCGGUCGCAGCCCCGAUGCCUUGCAAGAUCCUCAAGAACGAAGUCAAGGAGGGUGAUAGAGUAACAAAAGGAGCUCCGCUCGUUGUUAUCGAAUCCAUGAAGAUGGAAACAGUCAUUCGAUCACCACAAGAUGGCGUCAUCAAGAAACUCGCGCAUAAAGAAGGGGAUAAAUGUAAGGCUGGCACGGUAUUAGUGGUGUUUGAAGAUGAUAGUAUGGAGUAA